AUGCCGGGGGGCCGAGAAGCGACGCUGGUCACGGAGCUCGUGUCGAUCGCCGUCAGCAUGGUGGGCGCGGUGGUGUGCGUUUACUUCGCGGCGUCGAUGCUGGACCCCAACAAGGAGGAUCGAAAGAGGAAAGAGAAGUACGUCGAGGCGCUGAAGAAACGUCUUGGGAGAAAAAUUAAUCUCACCUCCAUGGAAAUAAUGCUGACCGACCUUGUGCUGAACCCCAGAGAGAUUGAUGUCACAGAGAAUGAUAUCAAGGGGCAAGAGGCUCUGUUGGAGGAUCUGCGCUUGAAGGUUGUCUACCCCUUGCUGUUGACGGACAUUUACAAGACAGCAUUGUUGAGGCAAGCCAAGGGACUUCUGUUGUAUGGGCCUCCCGGUACAGGGAAGACUAUGAUUGCUAAGGCAUUGGCACAGUCGUCUGGGUGCUUUUUCAUCAAUGUUACAGCAAGCUCCAUACUCAGCAAAUGGUACGGAGAUGCGCAGAAGUAUGUGAAGGCCACAUGGUCGCUCGCUGAGAAGCUGCAGCCCUGCAUAAUUUUCAUUGAUGAAGUUGAUUCGUUCUUGGGGAAACGUGGCUCACAGACAGAGCAUGAGGCUACGCUGUCUGUCAAGACGGAGUUCAUGCAGUGCUGGGAGGGAAUGGAGACACAAAAGGGGCAGAGGAUAUUGGUGAUGGGUGCCACCAAUAGGCCAGACUCUCUGGACCCUGCAGUGUUGAGGCGGUUCAGCUUGAAAUAUGAGAUUGGGCUUCCAGACGAGAGGCAGCGUGCAGCAAUCGUGAGGGGGUACAUCGAAAAGCAUAUGCAGGAGGCGACUGCUGUGACGGGCAGCAUGUCAUCGCCACUGCUCGAUAGCAGGGUUGUGCGCGAGGGGACGUCAGCGAUUGGCUGGAUCGCAAGGAGGACGAAGUGCUUCAGCGGAAGCGAUCUUCACGAACUGUGUGCUCAGGCUGCCCAGCGGCCCGUGCAGGAAGCCAUCAAGUAA